AAUAAAUUAAUUUUCAAUGACAUGCAAGUAUUUUUGUUUUUCAGGAAUGAUGGCCAGCGGAUCAAAAUAUAAAGAGUCUGGGAUCCCACAGUAUAGAACAGACACACGACAAUUAAUAAAAUUAAUGAUGCAAGAAUCUCGUCUAACGGAUUUUCAACAGAGACAGAUCAAUAAUAAGCUAAAAAAUGGAGGGGCUCUUCCAAUAACCUUUUAUUCCAGUCCACUUGAGCCAAAUACUCCUUCAGAGACCAGAGUUACAAGAGUGGGGACACUGGUAGGACAGCAGCAGAAGCGCAGUGCAGAAAGAUGUCGUGCUGGAGAUAAUUACAAACGAGAGCAAUUUCUGCCUAGUGCAGCACGGGAUCUAGAGAAGGAAAAGAGAAAGCUACAAAAUCUUCUUUCUACUGGUCAAAAGGAUGCUGGGCCAACUCACUCCCAAAGAGAAUCCACUGAGAGAAGAGAGCAACCGGUAGACAGGUUCCAGGAAGUUCUGGAUGAGAUUGAGGACAGGAGGCAAUUUUUAGAGGAGAUGAUGUCAUUGGGAAAAGGUCACCAGUACCAGCAGCUCAUCAACACAGAAAUUUCCCAGAAAAUCUGUGAGCUUGAAGAGAUCGACAAGAAACGCAGUGAAGAACUAAGGACCCCACAGCUAACUGGAAAAGAGGAACAAUGAAGUAAAGAGACGUAUGGAGAAUUUAGAGAAAAUAUAAGUUAGUGCUAUAAUGUCAGUUAGUAUGAGCAUUAAAAAAUCCUGAAACUCUGGUUUUUAAGUAUUUAAAUUGUUUUAUUUUUGAUGUCCUCCAUUCUAUAAGCACAGACUAUUAAAAGCACAAUACUGAAAACUGAUAAAUACAAUUAAACACCCAAAUAGCUGCAGAUGACAAACUAAAAUGUAAGCAAAAUAUUUAUAGACACUUAAUAGUCACUGAGGACAUGUGCAUAAAUUAAACACACUAAAGGCACUGCUUCAGAAAUACAAUCCUGAUAGAGUUAACAGAGAUUAAGGCUCAACACACAACAUCUAACAUUCUACAGUAAAAAAUAAACCAUUUAAACAUUACUGAAAUGUAAUAUUGCAUAAUGUCUUGCUCGAGUGAGGACUAUUUGUUAUUACAUAACAUUAAAAACGUGCCUACAUGUCUGUUUUUUUUUUAUCUGUGUAUUGUUUUAAAUGCAAUGUCUUUUUUAUUAAAGGGUUUUAGAUUCAUUUUAAUCUGAUCACUUUAACACCUCACUAAUGCUGCUGUGUUAAAAGCUAUCUAGUCAAAUUGAGAAAUCUUUAGCCUAAUUUUGUUUGAUGAAAGGUUUGAUGAUUUCUUAACCAUUUUAGUAAGUUAAAUCUUGUUUACAAUGACAUCCUGAAUAAGCAGAUUUUGCUUUAAUGUGAACAAUUAUGCCUGUAAAUACAAUUACACUUUACAUCGUUCACUUUUUCAGUUAUGAGCAAAUACUUGAGAGUGUGGGAUUGAAUCAUAAUUGUGGUGUUAAAUAUGUUUUUGGCAUGUUGUGUUGCGCCAUAUUAUGUUAACCACAGACCUUAACCCAUUAAAAAUUUCUGAAAUGUGUUGGGAGUUUACAGAGUGGCCUGUCUCUCAAGUCAAAAUUGUCUUAAGUGGCCAAACGUGCAAACGUUUGCUGAAUCUUUAUCAUAACAAAUGCAAACUAUAUUCAAUGCUUGGCUAUUAUAUCAUCAGAGUAUGCAUUUUGUUUUAAGCCAGGCAGUGUCUUAAUCAUGAAUCACACUUCUAAAAUGAAAGUGUAUAUAAAAGUAUUGACCAGGGUAGGGAUGCACCAGCUGCUCAUAAGUUCAAUGAAUAUAUACAAUCAUACACCAGUAGCUCAGUCACCAAAUGUUGGUUUUUGCAGUUAAUUCUUGGUGUUUGGUAAUUUUGUUGUGAAAAACAGGUGACAGUAAGUUGUUAGCCAACCGGAAAUUAAAGCUAAGUCACACAAUACAACAAUUACUUCAAUUUCAGGUUAUCUUCUUAAUGUUGAUUCUAACGUCUUUAGCCUCAAAUAAUUUAAUUACAUUUAGUCUAAAACAAUAUUUAAUCACAAAUGGACAUGACAGGUAUGUAAAUAACUUCAUAAAUAACAGUGUAAAUAAAUUCACAAGAAAAAUAACUUAAAACUAUGGGUGAGAAAUGACUUCUCUUCUUUGGCAGAGUUGUACACACACCACUGCAAAAAAA